AUGUUAAGAACCUUCACAGUGAGUACCACCAGAACGGUGUUUAAGGCCGUUAUGGCUAGAAGAACUUUCACCACCACCUACGCCAGACAGGCCGCCAAGAUCUAUGAGAUGCCUGCCAUGUCUCCUACUAUGGAUGAGGGUGGUGUUGUUGAAUGGAAGGUCAAAGAGGGUCAAGAAUUCAGUGCUGGAGAUGAGCUUUUGGAUGUUGAAACUGAUAAGGCUACUAUGGAAGUUAAUGCUGGAGACGACGGUAUCAUGGCUAAGAUUUUGGUUCCUGCUGGAACAAACGGUGUCAAGGUCGGAGCCCCUAUUGCUUUCCUUGCAGACCCUGGUGAUGAUUUGGCUACUUUAGAGUACCCCGAUAUCAGUGCUGCUGCUGCUGCUCCAGAAGCUGCUAAACCGGCUCCAGCUGCCGCUCCAGCCGAAUCACCUGCAGCUCCCGCAAAGGCACCUUCCUUUACCGGAGGAAAGGCAAAUCCAGACCAAACCUUCUUCCCUUCUGUUGAAUUCCUAUUGGCCGAAAACAAAAUCUCCCGUGAAGACGCCUUACAGAAGAUCACUGCCACUGGUCCAAAAGGUAAAAUCUUGAAAGGUGAUGUUCUUGCUUAUUUGGGCAAAAUACCUGCCGAUGAUAACACCAAGAUCGCCUCCUUCCUUGAAGACCGCGAAAAGUUGGAUCUUUCUCACAUCGAGUUGGCUACUCCCGAGGCUGCCGCCGAGACUGCUGAAGGAUCUGAAGGAGCUGCUGCUGCUGAUAGCUCCGCUGCUGCUCCAGCCAAACCUGCCAAACAACCAGUCGUUGUUUCGCAUCAAUUCGUCAUCUCAAGUGCUGUUCCAUCCAAGAUUCUUGCUGCUUUAGUCGCCAAAGCUGCUUCCAAAGCAGAGACUGCAGCUUAUGCCACCAAGAAUUACAAAUCCUCCGACUUGGUUGAUCCAUUGUUUGAGGACUUGAUUGCUCCUCCAGCAAAUACCGAGAGAUUUAAGGUUAACUACUCCAUUAACACUACUCCAGCUCCUUCUGCUGCUAUCUCGGAAUCUAUAGUAGACGAGUUCGAUUUCGAGCCUUACGAAGAGCCUGUUAAAUCAUCUAAACCCGAACUUUUAACUACCGUCGAUGUCGAGUUGACAUGUAAUGAGAAGGUCAUUGACUCCAAGACCAAGGCUGGCGUGUUUGUUUCCAAGUUUGGCAACUAUUUGGGCCAGAUCGACCGUAAGUUCACCAGGGUUUAA